AUGAAGCGAGACUGGAAGCAAUGGCUCUUAAUUGCCGGUGGGGCGGCGGCCACUGGCGUCGCGCUGUAUUACUUGCUUAGAGAAGAGGGGCCAGGCCGCAAAGAGAACGAAACGGAUGCCAAGAAGUUCAAUAAGAAUGAGGCAACAAAGGAACAGGUGAUGAUGGUGCUCCGAGAUAUCCUGAAUACACAGGAAAAGAUGAAGGGGCUGAUGAAAAAGUUUACACAAAAAUUCGUCGAAGAGGACUACACUUUUGAGGAGGCUUACGCCAUGGUGGCUAGACAACACCCAGAGGAUCCACUGAGCCGGUACGGCUUAACAAUGCGAAAUUUUGAUGGGCUUCUAGACAAGUUCCAGCACGACCCUGAGGUGAAGAGAGCAGUGAUGAGUAUUGUGGGUGCCACAUCUACCCCAACGUAA